GGCAGACUCCUCCUCCUUAUGAUAAUGUGACAAGAGCAUCGAUGCUCCGAGACAAGCCUCCAUUCCGCCUCAACUAUGUGAUCUCCUCCAUCCUCUCAUCUUCCCGCCCACUCAGCCAAACUUACUUUCUCUCACUUUCAAGUUGACUUUUUUUUCCUUCUUGCGAUAAUUCCACUGACCGGCAUGGCGACGACAACUCCGGCCGCUCCGACGCUGCUCCCCGUGGCUCCGCUCGGCCACCACCCGGCGCCGAGUUCCGCCUCUCCGGCCGCUCACUCGCCGCCACCCGCGGCCACCUCCGCCGCUUCCUCCCCGGCUCCUCCGGCGGCGCGCCCGACGCUGCUUCACCAUUUCCGGGCGGACCUCUUGCUCCCGAACGGGACCCAGCUCAAGGUCGGCCCCGGCAAGCCCGUCUACGCCACGCCGUCGCCGGUGGAGAGCACCGCGCAGAACAACGAGUGCCGGCUGGUGGAGGUGAAGGGCGCCCAGCUGGCGUCUUUCACCGUCAGAGACACGGAGCUCAUCUGCCUGCCGCAGGCCUUCGACGUCUUCCUCAAGCACCUGGUGGGCGGCCUGCACACCGUCUACACCAAGCUCAAGCGGCUGGACAUCACGCCGGUGGUGUGCAACGUGGAGCAGGUCCGAGUGCUCCGGGGACUCGGGGCCAUCCAGCCCGGCGUCAACCGCUGCAAACUCAUCUCCAGGCAGGACUUCGAGACACUUUAUAGCGACUGUACCAAUGCCAGUUCCAGACCCGGACGACCGCCCAAGAGGCUGCAGACUGUGAGCGAGGGCGGCACGCACCACAUGAUGGCCCACGGCGCUCUGAUGCACGCCGGCAUCAUGCCUGCAGCAGAUCUGUCCGCUUUGGCCAAGAAGAUCAAGCUGGAGAUGGGCGGUUACCACAGCAACCAGCAACACCAUGGCGGCCCCAAUGGAGAGAACGGGGACCACAGUCCCGGAGUGGUUCUGGACCAGUUGCCCUUCAUGAUGAUGUCACAUCCCCUCAUCCCGGCCAGUCUGGCACCCGCCUCCGUUUCCAUGGCGAUGGGCCAGAUGAACCGACUGAGCACGCUGGCCAGCAUCGCCAACCUGGCGCAGCUCCACGCAACGCCCCCGCCCGGGCCCCCCCCCUCCGUCAUUAAGGAGCGCAUGCACGACAGCCCCUCCCCCUGCCCCUCGCUGGAGGAAGCUCAGAUGUCGUCCAAUCACAGCAGCAGCGUGUCCAGUUCGCCCUGUCACACAGAACGCCCGACAGAAAACAUACAUCAACUCCAUGAUGGCCUGGCACUCAGUCACUGUGUGCUGGCACACUCGGCCCUCAGAGAGUCCGACUGCGUGGAAUACAGCAAGGACGUCAAGAAGGGGCGCGCCGACAAAGACUCCCACCCGGCUGACAGACAAGUCUACCACAACCCCCCGCUGAGCUGCGAGAAGGCGGCGGCGGCGUAUUCGGCGGGACAGAAGCUCCCAGCAGGCCUCCACCACGCUCCCUUCAUCUUCCCGGAAGGCUUGUCCUCCAUAGAGAGUCUGCUCACCAACAUCCAGGGCCUGCUGAGGGUUGCCAUAGACAACGCCCGGGCGCAGGAGAAGCAGGACCACCUGGAGAGGACGGAGCUGAAGAUGGAGCUGGUUCGAGAGCGCGAGCUGCGGGAGACGCUGGAGAGGCAGCUCAGCGUGGAGCAGAAAAGCCGAGUUCUCAUCCAGAAGCGUCUGAAGAAGGAAAAGAGGAGUAAGAGGAGACUUCAGGAGGCCUUGGAGGAGGAAGUGAAGCUCCGAGAUCAGGCGGAACACGGCCUGCUGCACGCCGCCAACACCUUUGCAGAGUCCGUGGGCCAGGACGUGGACGGCAGCGAGCUCGAGGACAACAGGACGGACGCCAAGGUGCAAGAAGGCCGAGUGUUCCUGCAGGCCGCCGGGAUGUUCUGAAGACUUCUCCUCCUCACACUUUAAUUUAUCACCAACUUUUAUUCUGUGCUUCUUUCCUCCUCGUAGUUGUUUCUUUGCUUUUGGCCCAGAUGAGCCGUGGAAGAGAGUUGUGUACGUGUACAGUGGAGUUUGAUUUCCUUCUUCUUCUUCUUCUUCUUCUUGACAAAAGGCAUGUUGUGUUGUGUGUACAUCUCUCUCUGUGUGUGUGUGUGUGUGUGCGUGCGUGUGUGUGUGUGUGUGAUGCAGUAGGCCAGUUUGACGCCAACAAUACAAAGACUUUUUAUCAAA